UAAAACUUUGCUCCGGGUAUUUAACUGGCCACAUGCGUACUGUACUUACACCACAGAGUUUUAUUUCGUUUCAGGCAUCCACGAAAAGAGAAAGGAAACGUUGCGUAGGCUGUUUCGGACACACGCACUCGUGAAGUAUGGCUCCGAAGAUUAUCUACUUUCCCGUUCGUGGGCGUGCGGAGGCAAUGAAGCUGGCGCUGGCAGCCGUAAAGCAGGACUUCGAGUUUGAGCAGGUCGAGUACAGCACCAUGAAGGCGCACCCGGACCAGUACCCCUUCGGCCAAUGUCCCCGGCUGGUCGAUGGCGACAUCGACCUCGUCCAGUCCAAUGCAAUCCUGCGCUACCUGGCCCGGCACUACAAGCUGUACGGCAAGGACGAGAAGGAGAUGGGCCUGGUGGACAUGAUCAUGGAGGGUGUGGAGUCGCUGCGUGUCAAGUACCUGGCGCUGGUGUACCAGGAGAAGUUGGCUGACGCCGCCAUGGACCAGCACUGGUCCACCCACUGCGACCCCAACAACUCCGAGCAGCGCAACGGCGGCGCGCACCUGGUGUUUUUCAGCCGGCUGCUGCAGCGCAACGCGGCGGGCGCCGGCAAGGUGUUCGUGGGCGCCGGUCUGACCAUGGCUGACCUGUGCGUGUUCGACAUCGUGGACCUGCACAACCGCAUCUUCCCCGACAAGAUGAAAGAAGUGUACCCCGAGCUGCUGGCCUUCCACGACCACGUGGCGGCACUGCCCGGCAUCAAGGAGUACCUGGCCUCGCCCAAGCGCGUGGCGGCCGUGAACGGCAACAACCUGGGCUAGAUGGCGGAGGCGGCGUGCGGCGUGCUGUGUGAUGAAAGUUAUGAAACCGUUGGGGGACUUGUGUGGGAGAGUGACAUGAUUAUUGCUGGCUAAGCCCUGCGCGCGAGAUCUAGAAAGUAGAAUGACAGGCUGCCACGGAGGGUGCUGGGGCAUAGAGGGCGAAGGGUGAAGGCGUGUAUGCCUGCAUGGGUUUCGUGCUUUCGACCCCGCAGCGAUGGUCGCAACAGCAGCAGGGGGGAGUUCUGGAGCUCGGACAUUGCCGUGUAGGUGCCGGAUGCAACGUGUGCGUGAUGCGCGAUGUAAGCCUCGCCGAGC